AUGUCUAUUGCACUGAGAACUGGGCCUAUAAGAAAGAUACCGGUCCGGAACUUUUCUAGUUGUUUACUUUUGCAUCAGAAAAAAAAGAAUGUUCCCGCGAAAAAGAGCUGGUUCGCUGACGAGUCUCAAAUCCAGCAAAAACGGGGACCUACGACGCCUAUCCAGAGGGUGACGUACGAGUACCCCCCUCCGCCCAAAGCGAAGCCACAGCCACCUCCUGAAUCAAGCGCCUGGCGAAAACAUAUUCCCAUGUUAGUAGGUGUUGCUGGUGUUUUAUGGGCUGGCUAUGCUCUGAACUAUAUCUUUAACAUCCAAGAAGGAGAACAGACUACCUUGACACUAAACAAGUUUACGGCCUAUAAAAUCACGUAUCGUGAGCAGGUCGGUCCCAAUUUAAUUGCUAUUGAGCUGUCACCCAAGUAUUCAGCCCACAUGGAUAUUUUGACGAAUGGAGGAACCCUUUGGAAUGGUAAAAAGCUUUGGAGUGUGCAGGUCAAGCAUCCAGAGAUUCAGAUUGCCAGAAAAUACACACCGCUUCCUUUAUACUAUAUGCAAUCUCGAGAAAAUGGUGAAGAGAAGGCACUACUCCGUAUUCUCGGCUCUGCACCAGACGAGGGCCGUCUUGUUCUUGUUGUGAAGAAAUAUGACGACGGCGAGAUGUCAAGAUACCUUCACAGUCUUCCUGUUGGAAGUGAGGUGGAACUUAGAGGACCGUAUGUUGAGCACAAGUUCCCUUACACGCAUGCAGACAUGAGCCCUGUUAGAGAGCCUAUGCUGGAUCUUCCGACUCGCAUGAAAGCGGAAAAACCAAUUGAUCCUGCAGCUAUUCCGGACAACAUUGCUUUCUUUACUGCUGGAACAGGCAUUGCCCCCGCUCUCCAGACUUUACUGUCUAGAAAUCCGCCUAAAGGGUUUACACAUGUCUACCACAGUGUAAGAUCGAGACAAGAUAUUCCGUUCACUCGCUUUAUGCUGUUCCUCGAGAAAGUUGGCCGAGCAAAGUUCCAUUUCUAUGUCGAUGACGAAAACAAGUUUCUAACGCUACAAGAUAUCCCGAAGCCGGUUCCCAAGCAGCCCCGGGCGCUAGAUACCCCCGAGGAGGUGGAGCCUACAGACGUACAACCAGCGUCAACCUGGCCCAAUGCAGUCGCACAGUUUGCCGACAAAUCCUAUAAACCAAACUAUUUGAAAGGCCCGUCUCUUGCUGUGGUCUGUGGUCCUCCUGGGUACAUCGCCUAUGUUGCUGGAAACCCCGGCUUCAAUAAUGAUGCCCCCGUCGCGGGCUUACUGGGAGAGUCAAACUGGACCUCUGAAAAUGUCACUCGUAUGAGCGAGUUUUAG